GAUACACAAGGAUUCAUUGUAAACCGCCUAAUUAUUCCCUACCUGUUUGGGGCCGUUUGGCUGCAUGAGAAAGGUUAUGGAUCCAUUGAGGACAUUGAUACUGCCAUGAAACUUGGUGCUGGUUAUCCUAUGGGACCAUUUGAGCUUAUGGAUAAUUUAGGAAUAAAAACUCUACAGUCCAUCAUGUAUGUUUGGUCGAACGCGAACCCUGGCAACCCACUCUUUGCCCCGAGUGAACUGCUCAACAAGUUGGCUGAGGAGGGAAAAUGGGGCAAAAAGACAGGAGAAGGAUUCUACAAGUAUAAGUAA